UACGCGACGGUAAGCGGUAGCCAGAAACAGAAGGCUACCACGAAGGAAAGUGUAAAAUAAUAUUACUCGUAAAUAUCUGUGGAAGAGUGUGUGCGCGCAUUUCGAGACAAAAGCAAUGAAUUUCUUUGUGUUGUGCGCUGCCAGCUUGGUGUGCUGCUUUGCGAUUGGCGUGCAAGCCGCCUACUAUUACGAUCGUCCCGAUGGACCAGCACAAUUUCUCGAUGAGGAUAAGGGACGUUAUGCACGCUGCGCAGGACAGUGCUAUUGCGGCACACCGAAUAUCAAUCGCAUCGUUGGCGGCACACAGGUGCGUUCGAACAAAUACCCUUGGACGGCGCAGCUGCUUAAGGGCCGUUGGCAUCAGCGUCUUUUCUGUGGCGGUUCGCUGAUUAAUGAUCGCUAUGUGGUGACGGCGGCGCAUUGUGUACACAACAAUCGCGAUGAGAUAACCAUACGCCUGCUGCAGUUGGAUAGAUCGUCGCGCGAGGCCGGCAUCACUAGGAAG